AGCAGACAUGCGCAGAGCGCUUUGGGGGAAAUCAAACAUGGCGGUCAAAAUAGUAUGUUGAUGAGAAUGUUUUAUGAGCAGUCGUUUCAUUCUCCCAGUUUACACACGUUCACUCUCUCGGGGCCUUUAGAGGUUUGACAUUCUGUCCACAUGGCUAACUCUGCCUGGUCCGAAACAAUACUCCAGCUCCUCCGCCGAAUGAAUAACUUUUAUUUACCAGCCUCCGGCCGGUCCAAGUGCUUAAGGUUUGAGAUAAACGGAGUGCAGGUGGGCUGGAUUCCUCCGCACGUCGCCCCGCUGUUGACACGGUACCCGGAAGUGUUCAGCCCGCCGCUAGGGGGCGCUGUGUCGCUGCGCCGCAGCCUGGACUCGUACGAGAAGAGGUCGGAGGCUGUGGACGCGGUGCUGCGCACCAUGAGACGGGAAGGCGCGUUCACGUGUCUGAAGGGGUGGAGGGAUGAGAAGAACAGUGUGAUGCCCGCGUUCUCCGACCCUCCUCUGAUGUGGAUGGAAAGAGCAGCGACGAGUCUUUUUGGCGUGAAGCGCUACGGCGUCCACAUCAACGGCUACACCGUCGGCGACGGCGGGGAAGUCCGCAUGUGGCUGGCACGCCGUUCCCUCACCAAGCAGACGUACCCCGGACUGCUGGACAAUGUGGUGAGCGCACGCCGCGACGGACCGGAGACGCCAGAAAUCAGUGACGAGAAAUGCGGCGGGUGGCAUCGCCGCCGGCGUUGGCAUCAAACACACGUUGGUCAAGGAGUGCGAGGAGGAAGCGUGUAUCCCAGCAGCCAUUGCAGCGAAGGCUCGCCCCGUAGCCAAUGUGAGCUACACCUACAAGGACGAGGACGGGGUGUUUCCAGAGAGCCAGUUCGUCUUCGAUCUGGAACUUCCUCUGGAGUUCGAGCCCCGCGCCGGAGACGGAGAGGUCCAAGACUUCCACCUGCUGCCCGUCGACGAGGUCGGUGUGGCCGGCAUUUUGCUUUUCGGGAGCUCCCUCAAUGUAGAUGCCACCCAACUGUAUUAUUUUUAAAAUCCUUGCCCCCCAUAUGGGGUGAAAUUGACCCAUUGUGGUUUAACAUGAGCGAAUAUUUUUAUGUCAUCCAUCAAAUUAAACAGAACGUGGGCUAAAAGAAUUGUUAAUCCAAACUCAAACACCAACUAAAAGAAUAAAUAUAAGAUAAGUAAAUAAAUAAAGAUAAGUCUGUUUUUCAAUAGGUUAAGAGACUGCUGGCCACGGAUGACUUCAAACCCAACUGUGCCAUGGUGGCCCUGGACUUCCUCAUCAGACACUCGUUCAUCGAUC